AUGAAGAAAGAUGGGGGAGUGUGGGCUUGGGCGACAGUUUUGGCUAUGUUUUUGGUUUAUUUUCUGGUCUUUGGAUUUUGCCGAUCUUUCUCCGUGCUUCUUGGGCCAAUGCAAAGUUUCUACGACUUAUCAGCUGUGACGGUCAACUACAUCCCUGGAAUCUUCUCGAUCGGCAUCAUCGUCGGAGGGCUUGUUGGGUCACCGAUUUUGGCAAAGCUUGGGAAUAGAAGAACUGUGGUCGUUAGUGGCGUUUUGGUGGGUUUGAUGCAUGUGAUGCUUUACUUUGUUCGGCUUUUCUCUGUGGCCCUUAUUUCGUUCUUCAUCAUUUCCGUCAUGUUUGUUACGGUUUCAAUAUUUUAUCAACAAAGACGAUUUUAA